AAUUUUCCAGAAAACGAGCAGUGUUUAUUGUCUGUUCUUUGUUUCUCUUUCACUCAGUAUGUUUGUGAUGAGGCGACACUGAAAUGUUUUUCUGUUUUUUUCAGCAUUCAAAUUAAUCAUCAACAUUGAUUAUUUCUAAAUUCUAAAAUCAACGAGGAUAAAUCGAUUCAUUCAUAAUAUAUCAGAUAAUAAGUAAACAAAUUUUGUUCUGACAUGCCACGAUAUGAUGAAAGUCCUCGUGGUCAUUCACCACUGGAUCGUAGUCGUGAUGUUUCUCGUCGUUUGAAAUCUCCAUUGUUGGAUCGUCGUCGACGUGAUUCACCACCAUUACCACCACCACCUCUACCACGUUCACGUGAUCAUAUUCCAAUGUAUCAUCAACAUGAUGAUGGAUAUAUUCAACCAUUACGAUCAUCACAUCAUUCACGACAAAAUUCAUCAUCUGAUUUAACGACAACAACCUAUAAAAUUCUAUGCGUCAGUAACAUUAGCAACAAAUAUCCGGAUAGUACAGUCCGUAAUGAAUUGAUCAAAGAAUUUGCUCGUUUCGGAAAUCCAUCAGUGAAACUAGUGUAUGACAAAAACACCAGAAUAGCGUACAUCUAUUUCAAUUCAUAUGAAGAUGCUCGUGAUGCUCGUCAUUCAAAAUAUCGUUUGAUAUUGUUUGAAAAACAAAUCAUCAUUGAUCCAAUCUAUGAUCGUGUAUCAACACCCCGUCGACGUUCGCUUACUCCAGAAUAUGGACGAAGUUCAAUGCGACACAUGUCACCACCGAUGCAACGACGGCCACCACCACCACCACCACCUCAACGUAAUACAAUGAAUCAGGAUCGUUAUCAACUAUCUCAUUCAUCCCGGGAUCCUUACCGUGAUAAUUAUAAUCAACAGAUGAAUAAUCGUAACAAUGAUUAUCACCAUUCGAACUCGAUGAAUAUGCGUGGCCAACAACAUCAUCAUCAACAACAACAAAAUCAGCAACAACGUGAAUCAAAGAAAGAAAAAUUUCCAAAUUAUCUCCAUCAUAUACCUCCAGAAGAGGAUGAUAAAUCUACUCGAACAUUAUUUGUCGGUAACCUUGAAGUCACCAUUACUGAACCAGAUUUAAGACGAAUUUUCGAACGUUAUGGUGUUGUCGAAGAUGUUGAUGUUAAACGUCCACCACCUGGCCAAGGAAAUGCAUAUGCAUUCAUUAAAUUUCUUAAUCUUGACAUGGCUCAUCGUGCCAAAGUAGAAAUGUCAGGCCAAUAUAUUGGAAAAUUUCAAUGCAAAAUUGGCUAUGGUAAAGCUACCCCAACUACUAGAAUCUGGAUUGGUGGUCUAGGACCUUGGAUAACGUUUGGACAAUUAGACAAGGAAUUUGAUCGUUUUGGAGUGAUUCGCAAAAUUGAUUAUGUCAAAGGUGAAAAUUAUGCUUAUAUUCAAUUUGAUACAAUCGACGCUGCUCAAGCAGCUUGUGCUGCUAUGCGGGGUUAUCCAUUAGGAGGUCCGGACAAACGUCUUCGCAUUGAUUAUGCUGAUCCCGGUCCGUUUUCUACAUCUCCACGACCAAGCAAUGAACAAGGAUCAUUCGGUUUUAAUAAUUCACCUCGUUCUACUUCGAAUAAUAAUGGCAAUAAUUUCGAAUAUUGGUCGAAUAAUCAAGAUUCAAAUGCUCCUUCGCCAAAACGACGACGUGUUCUUUCACCCGAUAGUGAAAAUGAUCGAAAAAAAUCGCCAAAUAACAAUUCAGGUUUGGAUUCUAUUGUCUCACCGCAUGCUGGCGGUGGAGCCCGUGAAGGGUCACCAAAUUUUGAAAUAUCAAAUGGAAAAUCUGACAUAAAAGUGACAAUCAUGGAAAGUGUUACAUCUGUUUCGGAAUUGAUUAAAUGUUGCCCACCAACAUGGGCCGGUGGUUUGAUUCUGAAAUCAAGUGGUUUUGCUCUUCGAAUGUAUUUUUGCAGUGGUGACAUUCAACUUGUUGAUCUAAUGAAAGAAACAACAACUUCAACAACAGAUCAGCAAGCACAACCACAAUCAAUACUUCGUAUUACUCAACGUUUACGGCUUGAAUCUACAAAAUUGGAAGAAGUGACCAAAAGGAUAAGUUCAUCAACUAAUAAUGGUGUCAGUGGUAACAAUCCGAGUGGUCAUUGUAUAUUGAUAGCAUCACAAGCCAAUAAUCUUCAAUUGAAUUUUAAUUCAUGUGCUGUUGGUGCUGGUGCAAGUGGUAGUGGAGGGGAAGAUAAUGCAGGUGGCAACACUUCAGCCAAUAUACAACAGCGACCAAUUCGUAAUCUUGUCACCUAUCUUAAGUCAAAAGAUGCAGCUGGCGUUGUUAUACUUCCGGGCAAAUCAUCAACACAACCACAAACAACAUCAUCUACAACAACAGCUACUUCAUCUUCAACACCAGGAGGUGAACAAACAAAUGAAACAUCAAAAAAUGUUCUUUAUCUGUUUCCACCACAUCCAUUCUCACUUGAAUUAAUUCAACGUAUAGCACCGAAUAUCAGCGAAAAUUCUGCAAAUAAAGAAGAUUAUUUUGUUGUUGUUCUUGUGCGUGGCAGCAACUGAAUGAAGCGAUUCAAUUUAUGAAAUGGAUGUGUUUAAUUUGAAUUUUAAAAAUAAUUGGUGGCCGCUCAGUGGGUGUUGAUUCGAAAUCGUGUUUAUUGUGUCAUUUUCAUCGAUGCUAUUUUUAUUUGCUCUCUCUCUUCCCCUAUACCGAUCAUCAUAACAAGCAAAAAAAAAGAAUCUCAUUAAUUUCAAAUAUCAAAAAUAUUCAUAUUAUAUUAUCCAGUAAUUCA